GUCAUGAAGGUGAAAGGUGAGGGGCGGUGACGUCAGGCCGAGCCAGGCGGAGGCUGGCGGGUGGGAGGGAGGGGGAGAGAGCGGGCGAGAGAGCGGCCCGAGAGGGAGGGGGCGCGAGGCGUUGACCCGGAGCCCAGAGCAGCACGCGGCCGCCCCGCACCUGCAGCGAUGGAUGCGGAGGGGGCGCUGAACACCUUGCGGGGGGGCGACGCGGGGGCCAUCGAGAGGGUCCUGCGGGAGUACAGCGAAGAGCACAGAGCUACUUUCAAAUUUGACCCUGCUGAUGAAGAGAAGAGAAAGAAACUAUGUGAAGGGAUAUUUAAGGUCCUGGAGAAAGACAUCACGACGUCAUGCCAAGUUACCUGUCUGGAAGCCCUCCGCAUCCUUUCGAGAGACAAAAAGGUUCUCGUUCCAGUCACCACCAAGGAGAACAUGCAGAUCUUGAUGCGGCUCGCCAAGCUGGACGACUCUGAAGCGUCUCUGGAGGAGGUGGCGGAUUUCCCGGUCAUCGUGGAAUCGCUGAAAUGCCUGUGUAACAUAGUGUUCAACAGCCAGAUGGCCCAAAAGCUCAGCCUGGAACUCAAUCUGGCCGCCAUGCUGUGUAACUUGCUGCGGAAGUGUAAGGACCAGCAGGUCAUCAGCGACAUUAAGUGUUUUGAUCUACGCCUGCUCUUCCUCCUGUCCCUCCUGCACACCGACAUCAGGUCCCAGCUUCGGUACGAGCUCCAGGGACUGCCCCUGCUCACCCAGGCCCUGGAGAGCGCCUUCAGCAUCAAGUGGACUGAUGAGUACGAGGCAGCCAUCGACCACAACGGGCCGCCCCUAUCCCCACAGGAGACGGAUUGCGCCAUUGAGGCCCUCAAGGCCCUCUUCAACGUCACGGUUGACAGCUGGAAUGUCCACAGUGAGAGUGACUCUCACCAGUUCCGUGUCAUGGCUGCAGUCCUGCGCCACUGCUUACUCACCAUGGGCCCAACUGAAGACAAAACGGAGGAGCUUCACAGCAAUGCAGUCAACCUUUUAAGCAACGUUCCAGUCUCAUGCUUGGACGUCCUUAUUAGCCCAUUAGCCCAGGACGAAAUUGCCCAGGAGGCAACAACUCUGGAUGAACCGACCCAAGAAGCUGAAACAGGCCCGGAUGAAACAAGGGAAGAAGAAGCCAAUUUGAAGUACAAUACCAUGGUGUACAAUGGCAUGAACAUGGAGGCCAUUCGUGUUCUCCUUGACUUUAUGGAGAAGAGAAUAGACAAGGGAAGCUGCUACCGGGAGGGCCUGACUCCAGUACUCAGUUUAUUAACCGAAUGUUCCCGCGCUCACCGAAACAUCCGGAAAUUCAUUAAAGACCAGGUCUUGCCUCCUCUGAGAGAUGUGACCAACCGCCCUGAAGUCGGCACCACCGUGAGGAACAAGCUGGUGCGCCUCAUGACGCACGUUGACCUCGGGGUCAAGCAGAUUGCAGCCGAAUUCCUCUUUGUCCUUUGCAAAGAGAGAGUGGACAGCCUCCUGAAGUAUACCGGUUAUGGCAAUGCUGCAGGACUGCUGGCGGCAAGGGGCCUCUUGGCGGGAGGAAGAGGCGACCAUUGGUACUCAGAUGAUGAAGACACAGACACCGAAGAAUACAAGUCUGCAAAGCCCAACAUUAACCUUAUCACUGGUCAUUUAGAGGAGCCCAUGCCAAACCCCAUAGAUGAAAUGACAGAAGAACAAAAGGAGUACGAGGCCAUGAAACUUGUCAACAUGCUUGAUAAACUCUCCAGAUGCUCUCUGCACUAUAUCACGCUGGACUCUGACGGCCUGGGUUCGUAUCCCAGCUCUGACACUGACUAGCUGUGUGAAUUUUGGAGAGGAGGUGAUUAAACCAAUGGGUGUGAGGCCGGAUGGAACAAUGGCUCCUUUGGAGGAAACGCUUUGCCAGUACCACGUCACCAAGGAGAACAGCUCUGACUCCGACUGAAAGCAUCACCUGCUCCACUCUCAAUAUCGCUUUCAUCAGCAUCUUUCUCUGUAGCCCCAGGGGGAAUCUUUUCUCUCCAACAUCUAGGCCCUUGCUUUGGCUGGAAGCACAUUAACUGGUUUACUUCUUCAACGUCCGGGAUACUGAAAGGGGUGAUUCUGUGGGAUUUGCAAUAUUGAAACUGAGGCAUUGGUACAGAAUGUCAAUGGGGCACAGUUUACCCAAGGGCUGGGGGGGGGCGCGGCGGGAUUGGGGGGAGGUGGGGUUGAUGUGUAGGGACAAAAAGUGAUCAAAUUUUUACCAGGAUGGGACUGAUGGGCCACCUCAGAACACCGGGUCUGCCAGGGCCCCUGGUCAGAAAGGAUGGUGGUGUCCAUCCCCCCAGUUGGACCAGUGCCCCCUUCCAUGCUCUUCUGAAAGAUGGCAUCGAAUGAGGACUGAAUCAUGUUCCAUGUGUUUGAUAAUGCCUGAUGAGGUGAAGCCAGAGCAGCUGCUUCAUGACCCCAGUACCAUCUCACCACUUACCACAUCUCAAUUCUAUUUAAAUCUAUCAUAUGAAUAUAUAUGUAUACACGAACAUGCACGCGGUUGCACAGAGGCUGUCCCCAGCCUGCAUUCUUCUCUUAAGUCCAUUGUUUGUAACUCAGAAUGCAAUUUCCCAUAGACUGGUCAUUAUGCAUGGUGGUUAGGUUCCUAGAUCAGCCUAAAAAAACCCAAACAAACCCCUAUUUAAUCCCCCAACUCUAUUUAGCCUCCAGUGUCCCUGAUGUAUAUAAUAAUAGAAUAGUUUCUAGCUGAUAUUGCCCCUAUGGGGAAUGUGCAUUCUGAGUUCCAAAUCAGACGGCCUAGGAUAUUGGCCCAUCACCCCAGCAGUGGCAGCAGGGCUGGGGUCUCUGGCAAUGACAGCUGAUUGGGGGGUGGGAAGCAUAGGGGAGACCAACUUUGGUGGCUGAGAGAGCCAAGGGCUUAGGCCUAAGGGGUGUCUUUGUCAGUUGGGGGCCGCCUCUCUGUGUGUCUGUGUCUCUAGAGAUCCAUUCAUUACCGUACAUAAUCAGGUUGUUAAUGGUAACUUUAUAUAUUUAAAAAAACACAAAGUAAGACCACACAAUUGGUGAUUACUGCUCAUCUUAUUAGGGAUGUUCAUUUUUAUUUUUAGAGUGCAUCAGGAUUUUAGGACCGAAGGGUAGAAAAAUGAAUCAUGUCAUAGAGUGAGGGACCCACUAGAGCAAGUCAAAAGGAGUUUGCUUUCCUUUUUAUACACAUAUAGAUAAUGUGCUUAACCACUGCCUUUUAAAACUUUAAAUUAAAUAAAAUAUUGGGGUUGAUUCAGC